CUCCUCCUUCCCCCUCUCUUUCCAGCUGGCCAAGCGCUUCCUGCGCCCCUUCUGCACCGUCUGCAGCCGCUACUUCAAAACGCCACGCAAGUUUGUGGAGCACAUGAAAUCCUUGGAGCACAAACAGAAGACCAGAGAGGUGAGGCUGGGCGAGAAAGACCUGGGCGGCCCCGAGGACUCGGAGGAGCUGAUCACGGUGGACGCCGUGGGAUGCUUCGAAGAGCAGGAUGAGGAAGAGGAGGAGGAAGAGGAAGAGGAGGAAGCAGGGGAGGGGCCCCAGCUGGAUCCAGUGGAGGCCGUGAAUCAACAGGUUGGGCUGAGAGAAACGUCUGUGGAAGACCCUGGAGGAAACGCCGAGUAUUGUCCGGAUACGGUCUACGGCCUGGAUUUCCUGGUGCCCGUGGCAGGGUUCCUGUGCCGGCUGUGCCACAAAUUCUACUCCAGCGACUCAGCCACGCGGCUCACCCACUGCAAGUCCAGGAUGCAUUUUGAGAACCUGCAGAGGUACAGGGCCUCCCGGCUCCAGGCCACGGCCCGACCUACGGAGACCCCCUCACAGCUGACCGACCCCCAACCCCCCUCUGCGACCAAAACGCACGGUCCCGAAGAGGCCGUUGCCGGACCCCGGAGGAUCCCACCCCCUUGCGAGUCCCCCGAGGUCAUCCAGACGUGCUCAGGAUACUUCGAAGCGGAGGAUAUCUGCGGAGUCCUGGUCAUCGACGAGAGAAGCGAGCCCUCCUCGCCGAGGAGUGAGAGCUCCGCGGGGCCAGGCGCUGAGGAGUCAGGGGAAGGGGCCGGACUUCACCCCCUGGGAGAGCAGCCUGGCCUGGAAAUUCAGCAAAAACUGGCCGGAGAUUCUGCAUCAACUGUGCCAGGGGAAAGCGAAGCGAGGGAAGGUCCGGCCAGCCAGGAUGGGGCGCCUUCCACGCCGGCUGAAGAGCCGACGGUCUCUGGCCCCCGGCGGUCCAGCCGUCGCAAGGCGAGAUGAGAGCGGAGGCAAAAGAUAUAUUUUUUUUCCCCUGUAGUUUUCCCCCCUGAGAGUUUCUUCCCUCCCUUCUUCACCUUUUAGUGAAAAGAGAAACGUUCUAGUUUUCUUAGUUGGUUGUUUUAAAAAUAAAAUUAAAAAAAAGAAAAAGAAAAUAAAACACCCCCGGCAGUUUUUUUUUCUGUCUUCAAUGCAGGGCUUACUGUAAUUUUUCAAAGGGA